GGGGGACACCCCUGGGUGCUCUGGGAGUUCCAUCCCUGUGGUGAUCCCGCCCGGAUCCCCUGGGAUCCCCCUCGCCCACCCCAAUCCCAGUCCCAAUCCCAAUCUGCAGCCGAGCAGCGCUCAGGGGUCAAAGCUCCCCCUUUUUUCCCUGAGUUCCUCAUUUAAGGAUUGCUGGAGAUGUUCCCCCCGGUUCCUCACUUCCCAUCGGGAAUGCCGGGAGCGCAGCCCCUCCUCCUAAGGGAGGGAGGAGCCCUCAUUUCCCCGGAAUUGGGGGAAAUGUGGGGUUGGGCUGUAACCCCGCUGUUUUCCCGCUCACACCGCGGUGUUCCCCAAGCCGGGAUGUUCCUGGCACUUCCCUCCAGACUGGCAGCUGGGUUUGGGUGCCGGGAUCUCGGCUGGCAUCACCCGCACGUGGCACAGCCCCGCUCCCCAGAGGAGCUCUCCAAAAACCCAAAUCAACCGGUGCAGGCGGACGGGGCUGCUGGGAAUUCCCAGGAGUUUGUUCCUCAGCUGCCUCCAGGGUUUGAUGCCCAAGCGUGGAUUUCCCAGCACUGGGGAGUCCCAAUCCUGGUUUUCCACGUCCCCACCUUGGAUCAGGCCCGUCUCAGCCUUUGUUCCUCCAGCCUUGGGCUGUUUUUCCAGGAGGACCCGACCGCCUGGUCAGAUGAGUUUGCUCUGGCAGCUCAGGAUCGGUGUGUGGGAUCCAUGGGAAGGGCAGCGUGUCCCUGUCCGGCUGGGAUGGGUUCCUGUGGGAUCCAUGGGAAGGGCAGCAUGUCCCUGUCUGGCUGGGAUUGCUGUGUGGGAUCCAUGGGAAGGGCAGCGCGUCCCUGUCCAGCUGGGAUUGCUGUGUGGGAUCCAUGGGAAGGGCAGCAUGUCCCUCUCCAGCUGGGAUUGCUGUGUGGAUUCCAUGGGAAGGGCCCCAUAUCCCUGUCUGGCUGGGAUGGGUUCCUCAGGGAUCCAUGGGAAGGGCAGGAGAGUCACCAGGAUCUCAGCCCGACCCUGUGCUCGGCCACAGGAUCUCCCAUCCCGAAGCUGAAGGCUCUGGAAGAUCCUCCUGGGUUCAGUCUCACCUUCCGUGAUCCAGACGCUUCCUUACAUUGUCUCUCCUUCCCGGAUUUUGCCUUAUCCUGAUUUUCCGUGUCCCCAUCAGUGGUUGGAACGGAAACUUCCUUGGAUGGAGCUUCCUGAUCUCGUGUGCAGCUUCCAGCCGGGAUGGAUGGAUGGAUGAUGGAUGGAUGGAUGGGGGAUGGAUG